AUGCACGCCCGCAACGUUCUCAUUCUCGCCCUUGGCGCCGUCGCCUCCGCCCAGAAGUUCGUGGACUUCCCCACCAGCUUGACCUGCAAGACUGGCGCUGGCGGCAAAGAAACUGCCACCAUUUCAAAGAUCGAAGCCCAGGAUGCCGUGAAGGGCCCCAACGGAACCAAACAGGACGACUCUGCCGCCAAUGUUGCUUCUGGCAAGUGCGUCAGCCUCUCUGGCAUACCCUUCUACGGAGGCGGCGUUUCUGGCAAGGGAAGCAUCUACUUCGCUUACGACAAGGCGAAGGAUACAUACUACUUCUGCUCGGCGCAAGGAGCUGUUGACGAGUCGGGAUGGCCCUCUUCUUGCACGGAGAACUGA